CACGUAGACGUGCUACGCUGUGACGUCAGAACAAGAUGGCUGCUCCCUGAAGACUUUCUUCUUCUGAAUGUUUGCCCCUCGCUUGUGUCAGGCUCAGAGUUAAAGACUCGGUCUUUCUCCGACCAUGUUCUCCUUCCGAGGCUGUGGUCGCUGGGUCGCGGCUUCACUCACCAAACAGCACCAUCCGUCUUCCCGGUUCAGCGGUGACAGCGCGGCGCCCUGGACUCCGCACUUCGACGUGGUAGUCAUCGGCGGAGGACAUGCGGGGACCGAGGCCGCCGCCGCCGCCGCUCGGUGCGGCUCCCGGACUCUGCUGCUCACGCACCGAGUGGACACCAUCGGUCAGAUGUCCUGUAAUCCUUCCUUUGGUGGCAUUGGAAAGGGGCAUUUAAUGAGAGAAGUUGAUGCCUUGGAUGGCCUGUGUUGUCGAAUCUGUGACCAGUCUGGUGUACAUUACAAAGUAUUAAACCGGCGCAAGGGACCAGCUGUUUGGGGUCUGAGAGCUCAAAUUGAUAGGAAACUUUAUAAACAGAACAUGCAGAAAGAAAUCCUAAAUACACCGCUGCUUACUGUUCAGGAGGGAGCUGUAGAAGAUCUCAUUCUUACAGAACCAGAGCCUGAGCACACUGGGAAAUAUCGCGUCAGUGGUGUUGUUUUGGUGGAUGGAAGUACAGUGUAUGCGGAGAGUGUGGUUCUAACUACGGGGACGUUUCUGAGAGGCAUGAUUGUAAUUGGAUUGGAGAUGCAUCCAGCGGGACGUUUAGGGGAUCAGCCUUCCAUAGGGUUGGCUCAGACUCUGGAGAAGUUGGGGUUUGUGGUGGGAAGAUUGAAGACUGGGACUCCGCCCCGGAUCGCCAAAGAAUCCAUUAAUUUCAGCAUUCUAAACAAGCAGACACCAGAUAAUCCAUCCAUACCGUUCAGCUUUAUCAAUGAGACAGUGUGGAUCAAGCCAGAAGAUCAGCUGCCAUGUUACUUGACUCACACCAACCCUCAAGUGGAUGAGAUUGUCCUUGAGAACCUUCACCUUAACUGUCACGUUAAGGAAACUACAAGAGGACCCCGAUACUGUCCCUCCAUUGAAUCAAAGGUUUUGCGUUUUCCAAACCGUAUACAUCAGGUUUGGUUGGAACCUGAAGGAAUGGAUUCUGACCUCAUCUACCCGCAAGGGUUAUCUGUGACACUGCCAGCUGAAUUACAAGAGAAAAUGAUCACAUGCAUCAGAGGCUUGGAGAAAGCUAAAAUGAUUCAGCCAGGCUAUGGUGUUCAGUAUGAUUACUUGGACCCCCGUCAGAUCACUCCUUCGCUCGAGACUCAUUUGGUGCAGCGGCUCUUCUUUGCUGGACAGAUAAAUGGCACUACUGGUUAUGAGGAAGCUGCAGCUCAAGGUGUGAUAGCUGGAAUCAAUGCAAGCCUUCGGGUCAGACACAAGCCUCCUUUUGUCAUUAGCCGAACAGAAGGCUACAUAGGAGUCUUGAUUGAUGACCUCACCACGCUGGGUACCAACGAGCCAUACCGCAUGUUUACCAGCCGGGCUGAGUUCCGCUUGUCACUGCGUCCUGAUAACGCCGACAGCAGGCUCACGUUCCGAGGGUACAAGGAAGCUGGUUGUGUGUCCCAACAACGAUAUGAAAGAGCUACUUGGAUGAAGUCUUCUUUAGAAGAAGGCAUUUCUGUGCUAAAAUCCAUUGAGUUUUCAAGUUCUAAAUGGAAAAACUUAAUCCCAGAGGCUUCUAUAAGUAGUGGUAAAAGUCUCCCUCUCAGAGCUCUCGAUGUUCUGAAGUAUGAGGAAGUUGACAUAGAGUUGUUGGCCAAGGCUGUCCCAGAGCCCUUGAAGGAGUACACCAAAUGUAGAGAGCUAGCCGAAAGGCUGAAAAUAGAAGCCACUUAUGAGUCAGUAUUGUUCCAUCAGCAACAAGAAAUAAAGGAAGUUCAGCGAGAUGAAGCUCUCCAACUGCCGAAAGACCUAGAUUAUUUGACUCUCAGGGAUGUGUCUUUGUCCCGUGAAGUUCGAGAGAAGCUACAUUUCAGUCGCCCACAGACGAUUGGGGCUGCCAGUCGUAUACCUGGAGUGACACCUGCUGCCAUCAUCAAUCUGCUCAGAUUUGUGAAGACCACUCAGCAAAGACAGGCAGCUGUGGAUAGAUUGCCCAAAACUGAUCAACGUUUAUGUAAUACAGACAAACUUGAAGAUAGACAGUUAUAGCUUGCUAUUCAUAGAAGACUUUUAAUCAAUACAAGAGUAUAAAUAGGAGAUAAGAUGUAUUUCUUUUUUUUUUCAGCUUACUAUUAGUAACAAAGUUUAUUUACCUAAUUAAAUCCAAUGUAAAUCGCUCCUGACAAUGUACAAAAUUCUUUUCUCAAAGUUCCCUUUUUUCACAAAUGUUUUAUCACUUUUUAUAUCCAUAUAAUUUGUCCCUUAGUUUUCCCCAUCCAGAAACAAACAGCUCUAGGACAAAAUUAUUAUCAUCAUUUUUCCUCAACAAAAAUAUCUCCAUUCUUUAUACCUUCCUUUGCCGACGACACAUAUCCUACUUGCUUUAUGCACUGAAAUGCUUCCCUUAUCAUUUUUAGUAGCUUUAAUUACAUAUUACAAUUGUUAACCCUUAAAAGCCUUAACAAAACCAAGAAACAAGUAAUUGAACUGUUAUACCAGCAUUUACUGACUGGCAAACUUACUUAUGAACAUAUUCCAUAAGCUCUAAAAACUUAAAUUUUUCUCAUAGCAUAAUUUCUCUUUAAUGUGGUACAAGAUACAUGUUUAAUAAACCCAAACAUCUUCUGAAGUUCUACUAAUUAACCCAAGGCUGAAGUCUCAGGCAAAGUGGGCUUUGUAUUUUAAGGACAUGAUAAGAGUUAACUUCAGGCUUUCUCCUAGGCAUAUUUUUGUUCUCUCAGGGUCGGAAUUCUGAAAACAGUAUUUCAUCAAGCUAGCUUUCUCUAAGUGCGCUUCCCAACACAAACGGUCCUCAAUGUCAGACACACGUCAGAACCAAUUGGCAAAAUGCCCAAAUAGCACUUCGUGCUCAAAAAAGUAGUUUGCCGGCUGCACACCGGUGGACUUAACUCGGUCUUGGAGCUCGUCAGCUCGUUUGGAGGCAUCUUUCCGUUCCAUCAAGGAAAAGCGUACAUUGGCAGCCAGUGCCGAGGAGGGGAGAAACAGGGAGGAGCCCCGAAACAAAUGGUUUCGACAGCUGCUAGGAACGUCCCCCCAAAUCCCCCUCCUGGGGCCAGCGAGCCACGAGCAGCGGGCUCCUGGCAGCCAUCCCAGGACGUCGUCAAGGCGGCGGCUCUGCUCCAAGAUGUAUUUCUAUUUAGCACCUGUUAAAAUAACUUUAUUAGGUUAUUAUAGCUUUGUCAUUAAUUUAUGAAUAGGAGAGAGAUUAUAAUUGUGCUUUUUUGUGUAUCUGAAAAAAUAGUUAUAAACUUUUUUUUUUUAAACGCA